GCCACGGAGCAGACCGGACGCCAGGGCACCCGGGAGCCGGAGCGACACCUGGGAGCAGAGAGAGAGAGCGAGCCUGCCGUCUCGGAAGGACAGAGGGCAAGAUGCGGCUCUGGGUCUUCUUCCUGGUCACCCUCACCCUGGGCGGCGAGUCCUGCUGCUCCCCACCCUCCCUGCCCCUCAGGACACCGCGCUACGCAGACGCCAUCUUCACCAGCAGCUACCGCAAGGUGCUGGGCCAGCUGUCGGCCCGCAAGCUCCUGCAGGACAUCAUGAGCCGGCAGCAGGGAGGGCGGAGCCAGGAGCAGGGAGCCAAGGCCCGGCCCGGCCGUGCGGUGGACCACGGGUGGGCGACCCAAGAGCAGGUGGCACCGGACAGCAUCCUGGGGGCCCUGCUGCGGGAGCGCAGGAACCCCCAGGGAUGAAGACCCAUCUGUGUUCCCUCUGCAGCUAGACGCGGCUCCACUCUGGGUCGUCCUGUUUCAUUUCUGUCUCCUCCCCCAUUUAUAGAUACAAUAAAAAUCCCCC